AUGUCUUUAAAGAAUCAAAUUAUUGUUGUCGGUGGUGGUCUUUCUGGUCUUUCGGCAGCACACACCAUCAUUGAGCAGGGUGGCAAUGUAUUGCUUUUGGAUAAGAAUCCCUUCUUUGGUGGCAACUCCACCAAGGCUACCUCCGGUAUCAAUGGCGCGUUGACUCGUACCCAGAUGGCACUCAACAUUAAGGAUUCGGUGGAAGCCUUUUAUCAAGAUACCCUUAAAUCAGCUCGUGAUCUUGCUCGUCCCGAAUUGAUCAAGGUGUUGACUGGACGUUCAGCUUCGGCUGUUGAGUGGCUCCAAGACAAGUUUGAGCUUGAUCUUUCCCUUGUCUCUCGUUUGGGUGGACAUUCUUUCCCUCGUACACAUCGUGGCAAAGAACAAUUUCCAGGCAUGACGAUCACCUAUGCCCUUAUGGAAGGAUUAGAAGAACUUGCUGAAAAGCAACCUGAACGUGCAAAGAUCAUCAAGAAGGCUCGUGUGACCGAGUUGAUCAAGGACGAGCAAGGUGGUGUGAUUGGCGUCGAAUACCAAUUGGUGGGCAAUUCAGCUGAUGGCAAAACCUACAAGGAAUAUGGUCCCGUGGUGUUGGCUACAGGUGGUUAUGCAGCUGAUUUCGGUCCAAACUCAUUGCUCAAGCAACAUCGUCCUGAAUACUUUGAUCUUUCCACCACCAAUGGUGAUCACUGCACUGGUGAUGGUAUCAAGAUGGCUGCUGCUGCUGGUGCCAAUACCGUUGAUCUUGAAAAGGUGCAAGUACAUCCUACUGGUUUAGUGGAUCCAAAGGAACCUGAUGCCAAGGUCAAGUUUUUGGCAGCUGAAGCACUUCGUGGUUGUGGUGGUAUCCUUCUCGAUGCCGAAGGCAACCGUUUUUGUGACGAACUUGGUCACCGUGAUUAUGUCACCGGCAUGAUGUGGAAGAACAAGUUCCCCAUCCGCCUUGUUCUCAACACAGCCGCCUCCAAGGAGAUCGAAUGGCAUUGCCGACAUUAUGCAGGUCGUGGCCUCAUGAAGAAGUUCGAUAAUGGUGAAGCACUUGCAAAGGAAAUGGGCAUCUCACCUGCCAAGCUCAAGGAAACUUUGGAUACUUACAAUGCUAUUGCUGCUGGAAAACAAAAGGAUCCAUGGGGCAAAAAGUUCUUCCACAACGUCCCUAUUUCCAUGGAUGAUUACUUUUAUGUCGCCUUGAUGCAACCCGUUCUUCAUUAUACAAUGGGUGGUGUUGAAAUUACCCCCAAUGCAGAAAUCAAGGGUGUCAAUCAAGAUAGCGUGGUACCUGGUCUCUUUGCAUGUGGCGAAAUGUGUGGUGGCGUUCAUGGUGCCAAUCGUCUUGGUGGUUCUUCCUUGUUGGGUUGUGUAGUAUUUGGUCGUGUUGCUGGCCAAACUGCUUCUCGUUAUCUUUUCCAAAGACUCAUCAACAAUGGUGGGGGCAGCGUUGCACAACAACGUUUGGGUGCCAUUGCAUCUCAUCUUGGUACUGUUGGCCUUAGUGUCUCUGUCAACCCCACUGAUCCCAAUCGCAUCAACCUUGAAAUUGCUUGGCCUGGCGCUGCUGCUGCUGCUGCUGGUGAAGCUGCUACUGCUUCUGCAUCCGCUCCACAAGAACAACCUGCACCUGCUGCUGCUGCUGCACCUGCUAAACCCGCUGAUGAACCAAAGAAGAUGGGUGAAUACACCUUGGCCGAAGUUGCUAAGCACAACAAGCCUGAUGAUUGUUGGGUGGUUGUCAAUGGUGAGGUACUCAAUGUCACUGAUUUUAUGGCGGAACACCCUGGUGGUAAGAAGGCAAUCCUACUUUACGCUGGUCGUGACGCAACAGAAGAAUUCAACAUGCUGCAUAAGAAGGAUGUCGUCAAAAAGUAUGCUCCUUAUGCUAUCAUUGGUACCCUUAAGAAGUAG